AUGGCGAUGUCUUUGAUGAUGCGUCGUGGAGCCAAGGGUGCGACAUUCCCAAGGGUUGCCAUGGUAUUUCGCAGAGGCUAUCAUGAGGUGGUCCACGAUCACUUCAACAAUCCUCGGAAUGUGGGCAGCCUUGACAAAGAGGACAGCAAUGUUGGCUCUGCUUUGGUGGGCAAAGCGUCUUGUGGCGAUGUGAUCAAGCUCCAGGUGAAGGUGAGCAAAGAUGGAGUGAUCGAGGAUGCCAAGUUCAAGACGUUUGGCUGUGGAUCCGCGAUCGCAAGCUCCUCCUAUGCGACAGAAAUGAUCAUUGGGCAGAAGGUGGAGGAGGCCAGCAAGAUCAAGAACACUGACAUCUCCUCGCACCUUAAGCUGCCUCCAGUGAAGAUUCAUUGCUCCGUGCUGGCAGAGGAAGCAAUCCAGGCUGCCAUUGCUGAUUACAAGGAGAAGCAGAGUGUGCAGAGUGUUUCCCCAUGA